GUGAUACACGAAUGUUGCUGCUCCACCCUCUGUUUUCGAAAUAACAAUGUUGAGUUAGCUCCGUGUUCUUCUGUAUGCUUCCAGGGAGAGUCCCUUUAUUUGAUCCCGCAAGAUGCAGAACGUCAUUAACACGGUAAAAGGAACGGCUCUCGGAGUGGCCGAGUUUCUCACGCCAGUGCUCAAGGAAUCAAAAUUUAAAGAAACUGGAGUCAUCACACCAGAAGAGUUUGUAGCCGCUGGGGAUCACUUAGUUCAUCACUGCCCCACUUGGAAAUGGGCCACUGGGGAAGAAGUGAAAGUAAAGCCGUAUUUGCCCUCGGAUAAACAGUUCCUCUUGACACGCAAUGUUCCCUGUCACAAGCGCUGUAAACAGAUGGAAUACUCAGACGAGUUGGAGGCCAUCAUAGAGGAGGAUGAUGGAGACGGGGGAUGGGUGGACACUUACCAUAAUGCAGGUGUAUUAGGUGUCACUGAUGCUGUACAGGAAAUUUCACUGGACAAUAACAAGGACAAGAAUAUGAAUAGCACAUCUGCAGAGUGUUGUGAUGAUGGUGAAGAUGACGAAGAUGGUGAGGCAGCAGAUAUGGAAGAAUAUGAGGAAAGCGGCUUACUGGAAACGGAUGAGGCAACCCUGGACACCAGUAAAAUGGUGCAAGCCAAAGUGAAAGCAGAGCCCGGGAGUGAAGACGCCAUCCUCCAGACGAGAACAUACGACCUGUACAUCACGUACGAUAAAUACUACCAGACGCCUCGACUCUGGCUGUUUGGAUAUGAUGAGGACAGGCAGCCUCUGACUGUGGAACAAAUGUAUGAAGACAUCAGCCAGGACCACGUGAAGAAGACUGUCACCAUUGAGAACCAUCCACAUCUUCCUCCGCCCGCCAUGUGCUCUGUCCAUCCCUGCAGACACGCAGAAGUGAUGAAAAAGAUCAUCGAGACUGUGGCCGAAGGGGGCAAUGAACUUGGAGUGCACAUGUACCUUCUCAUUUUUCUCAAGUUUGUCCAGGCUGUCAUUCCCACAAUAGAAUACGACUACACAAGACACUUCACCAUGUAGAAAUACUGAUUGUGCAAAAUCCCUUAUUCUGCCGCUGUCAUAUGAUCUGAUUUGGUGACAAGGGGAUGUUUGUCUCAUUUUGAAACACUUGGCACCUGGCAACAAAAUAUGCAUCCGAAAUGCAACUAUGAUUUCAGUGAGAAAGGAAAAACUCAUCUAGUUCUCAAACGUGAUGUUUUGUCUCAAGGCGGAAACAAUUGAAGCCUUGCACAUUCGUAACUGUAACUUUCGAUCAAUAUCGUAACAGCGGGAAAAGACUUUGAACACUUGUCCGGCACUCUGUCCGAAGCAAGGCAAAGCUAACUACAUCGUCAAUGCUUUACGGAAGCGCUUGUCCUUACUGAUCGACCGCAUACAAAGUCACAUUCCAUCGUUGUAUCGUACCUCUGAUUUCAUGUCAUCCGUACUCUGCUACUUUCAGUUCACCGUAUUUUGGGGACUGUCUGCCACUUAUGCUAAGGCAGUUUAGCCUACCGGUAUUCAGUAUGUCAUGUUUACAUUAGCACUGAGGUGGAACCAAAAAAGGACCCUGAAAUCAAAGCCAACACGGUGACAAAAUUGUUGGUACCCUUUUGUGU